AAUACAGAAUGUCAUAUAGCUAUCUAUUCAAAUUCAUUCUUAUUGGCGACACGGGUAUUGAAAAUCAGUUAAUUGCUUAGGAGUUGGAAAAUCUUGCCUUCUGUUGUAGUUCAUUGACAAAAGAUUCAGACAAAAACAUGAGGUGACUAUUGGUGUAGAAUUUGGAGCAAAACUAAUCGAAUUAGACGGGUUGAAUAUUAAGUUGCAGAUAUGGGACACUGUAUCCUUAUUAAGUUAUGUUAGGCUGGGCAAGAAUCCUUUAGAUCCAUUACUCGAUCAUAUUAUAGAUCUGCUGCAGGUGCUAUUGUGGUUUACGACAUUACAAAAAGGGAAAGCUAUGAAAAUGUGGCUAGGUGGAUGGAGGAGGUGAAAUAGAAUGGAAAUCCUAAAUUGUCUAUGCUCUUAGUUGGUAAUAAAGGUGAUUUGGAAUCCGAGUAAUUAUCGUAUUUAAUAUGAAGUCGAUAAAUUUCAUACAAUGAGGCACAAUAAUUUGCAAAGGAAUGUGGAAUUGAAUUUUUUGAAACCAGUGCAAAGACCGCAAAUAAUGUGGAGGAGAUAUUUAUUAAGAUGGCCUAAAUAAUAUUAGAGAAAAUCAACCUAGGAUAAAUUGACCCCAAGAAUGAAAACUUUGGAAUCAAACUAGGCAGCGAGCAAGUCAAUUAUUCUCAUGGAAAUUAAAACAUUACUAACUUGGAGUAGCAACAGGAGUAUUAGCCUUACGAGGAAAAGAAGAAAACUGGUGGGUGUUGUUGAACAUUGAAAUUAUCA